GCGGCGGCGGGAGCCCGGCCCCUCUGCCGCGCAGGCGGGGAAGCGCAGGCUCAGGCACCGGCCCGGCUGCAGCUUCUUCACCUCCCGGGGCUGUUGGCGGCGCCCGGGCCUCGCAGCCGCUGAAACCCGCCACGCGUGAAGCCCUUCUGAACUCUUCCAGCAACCAGAAGUGGCAGAAACAGAUCCUGCUGACCUCCCAAAAUAUCCGAACUAACCAAAUACCAGAAUUUUUGUGUGCUCUCCCUUUUGACACAAACAAAUUAUAUUCCAUCAUGGCAACAGACUCUAUGGAGAUCGAUGAUGCUUUAUACAGUCGGCAGAGAUAUGUUCUUGGAGACACAGCAAUGCAGAAGAUGGCCCAGUCCAAUGUGUUCCUGAGUGGUGUGGGUGGGCUUGGUGUGGAGAUUGCUAAGAACAUAGUUCUAGCUGGAAUAAAGGCUCUUACAGUUCAUGAUACCAAGCAGUGCAAGACAUGGGAUUUGGGGACCAACUUCUUCAUCUGUGAAGAUGAUGUUAUAAAUCUAAGGAACAGAGCUGAGGCCACACUUCCUCACAUCGCAGAGCUCAACCCAUACGUCCAUGUUUUAUCAUCGACUGCACCACUUGAUGAAACCACAGACGUCUCCUUUCUAAAAAAGUAUCAGUGUGUCAUAUUGACUGAAACGAGGCUAUCACUGCAGAAGAAGAUUAAUGAUUUUUGCCAUGCUCAACACCCCCCUAUUAAGUUUAUCAGUGCAGAUGUGUAUGGAAUAUGGUCACAUUUGUUUUGUGACUUUGGUGAUGAAUUUGAAGUGCUGGAUACUACAGGAGAGGAACCAAAAGAAAUCUUCAUUUCAAACAUAACACAAUCAAACCCUGGGAUUGUCACUUGCCUUGAAAAUCAUCCUCACAAGCUGGAAACAGGACAGUGCUUAACCUUUCGGGAAGUUAAUGGAAUGUCUUGUUUAAAUGGAUCGAUGCAACAAAUAACGGUGGUGUCACCUUAUUCUUUCAGCAUUGGUGAUACUUCAGAUAUGGAGCCUUACUUACAUGGAGGCAUAGCUGUCCAAGUAAAGACACCCAAAAUAUUUUGCUUUGAACGGCUGGAGAAGCAGUUAAAAAACCCAACUUACCUUCUUGCAGAUUUCAGCAAACCUGAGGCACCUUUGCAAAUUCACACUGCCAUGCUUGCAUUGAACCAGUUCCAGGAAAACUUUGGUCGCAUGCCGAACAUUGGAUGCCUUCAGGAUGCUGAGGAGAUGUUGAAAAUAGCAGUAUCCAUAAGUGAAACACUGGAAAGCAAACCUCAGGUGAAUGAAGACAUAGUGAAAUGGCUCUCUAGGACUGCUCAGGGAUUUCUAGCUCCCCUUGCUGCAGCAGUAGGUGGUGUUGCUAGCCAAGAAGUCUUGAAAGCAGUAACGGGAAAAUUUUCUCCUUUGCAGCAGUGGCUGUAUAUUGAUGCAUUGGAUAUUGCUGUAUCUCUAGACAAGACCAGUUGUGAAGAAUUCCUCCCAAGGGGAGAUAAAUAUGAUGCCUUGAGAGUUUGCAUUGGAGAGUCUCUGUGCCAAAAGCUGCACAAGUUGAAUGUUUUCCUGGUUGGGUGUGGAGCAAUAGGCUGUGAAAUGUUAAAAAAUUUUGCACUACUUGGUGUUGGUAGUGGCCGAGACAAAGGCAUGGUCACAAUUACAGAUCCAGACUUGAUAGAGAAAUCCAACUUGAACAGGCAGUUUCUUUUUCGACCCCAUCAUAUACAGAAACCUAAAAGCUAUACUGCAGCAGCAGCAACCCUGAACAUCAAUCCUCAGUUAAAGAUAGAGCCGUAUCUUAAUAAAGUGUGUCCAGCCACUGAGAACAUUUACAAUGAUGAAUUCUACACCAAGCAAGACAUCAUUGUUACAGCUCUAGACAAUGUGGAGGCAAGACGAUAUAUAGACAGUCGUUGUGUAGCAAACCUGCGUCCUCUCUUAGACUCUGGAACAAUGGGAACUAAAGGACACACAGAAACUAUUGUGCCUCAUCUGACAGAGUCCUAUAACAGCCACCGAGAUCCACCAGAAGAAGAAAUACCCUUUUGCACUUUAAAAUCUUUCCCAGCUGCCAUUGAGCACACAAUACAGUGGGCAAGGGAUAAGUUUGAAAGUGCGUUUUCUCACAAGCCUUCAUUGUUUAACAAAUUUUGGCAAACCUACCCAUCCGCAGAAGAGGUCUUGCAGAGAAUAAAGUCAGGAGAGAGUUUAGAAGGCUGUUUUCAAGCUAUCAAAUCACUCAGUAGAAGACCCCGAAAUUGGUCUCAGUGUGUGGAACUUGCAAGAAUAAAAUUUGAGAAGUAUUUUAAACAUAAGGCUCUUCAACUACUUCAUUCUUUUCCCCUUGAUACACGGUUAAAAGAUGGAAGUUUGUUUUGGCAGUCACCAAAGAGGCCACCUUCUCCAAUAAAGUUUGAAUUCAAUGAUCCUUUACACUACAGUUUCAUAGUGAGUGGUGCAAAACUCUUUGCAAGAGUAUACUGUGUCCCUGUCACAGAAAAGGAUUUGUCAGAAGAAACUAUUUUGAAGAUAAUUUCGGGAGUAAAUAUACAAGAGUUCAGACCUUCAAAUAAAGUUGUGCAGACAGAUGAAACUGCAAGGAAACCAGACCAUAUUCCAGUAAGCAGUGAGGAUGAGAGGAAUGCUAUUUUCCAGCUGGAAAAAGCCAUAUUAUCCAAUGAAGCUCUGAAAAAUGACUUGCAAAUGAAGAUGCUCUCCUUUGAAAAAGAUGACGACGCUAACGGGCAUAUAGACUUCAUAACAGCAGCAUCUAAUCUGCGAGCCAAGAUGUACAACAUUGAACCAGCAGAUCGGCUCAAAACAAAGCGCAUCGCUGGAAAGAUUAUUCCUGCUAUUGCAACGGCUACUGCUGCAGUGUCUGGCUUGGUUGCCCUGGAACUGAUCAAAGUUGUGGGCGAACAUCCAUUUGAAGCAUAUAAGAAUUGUUUUUUAAAUCUAGCCAUUCCAAUAAUAGUGUUCACAGAAGCUGCUGAAGUAAGAAAAACAGAAAUAAGAAAUGGAAUCUCGUUUACAAUCUGGGACAGGUGGACUAUUUAUGGGAAAGAAGAUUUCACUCUGCUGGACUUCAUAAAUGCUGUCAGAGAGAAAUACGGAAUAGAGCCAACAAUGGUUGUACAGGGCGUCAAAAUGCUGUAUGUUCCUGUGAUGCCUGGUCACAUCAAAAGAUUAAAGCUGACGAUGCAAAAGCUAGUGAAACCAUCAGCUGAUAAAAAAUAUGUGGAUCUCACAGUGUCGUUUGCUCCAGAAACAGAUGGAGAUGAAGACUUGCCAGGGCCACCAGUGAGAUACUACUUCAUCCACGAAGACAAUUGAUGGUAGUGCUACUAAAGUCGCUGUAGGACCAUUUGCUUUGAAGGGAGUGUGCUGAUUUCGGCUUAAAACAAGUAAUACAUAUUUCUUUGGUGAAGCCUUAAUUAAAACAGGAACAGUUGAAGUCAGUGAAUUGCACUGAAGAGGUCUGUCAAACUGGAUUUACUGUUCACCUGUCCCUAUUCUCUGCAUACAUCUGUCAGUUCAUAAAGAGGAUUGGAGGUUUGCUGAAAUGGAAUGUCAUGUAUAAUGCGUACCACAAAGAAGAGAUUUAUAUUAAUUUAUGGGGGAGGGGGGAAAUGGCAAACUUAGCAUCUUAUUUCAAUAUGCCAGAUAAACGUUAAAUGGAGGGAGAGAGCAAAAAUUGUGGAAAUUGUUUUAUAACAUGGUGGUCAUUAAUGUUUUAUAAUCCAUUUCUUAUGACUCUUCUAAAAUUGAGGUGCCAACCACAUAAUCUGAGCACUAGGCCAAAUUCAUCCCAAGUGUAAUUCCAUUAAAAAAGCAAAUGAAUUUGCCUCAUUUACAUUGUUGGUGUUCUCUUCCGAGCCAUUGCUAUUAUGGUAUGUUGGAGCCGUUCUUUUAGGUCAGUCUGGAUGUGGAAAUGCAGGGGAUGGAUUCUCAGAGUGUGUAAAUUGUCAGAGCUCCAUUGAAGUCAACCGAGUGGCGACAAGUGAGUUCUGCCCCAGGAGCGCAAUUUGGGAACAGUGAAGUAUGGCAAAAGCUGAACUCUGUUGGAGAGUUGUGUCCUUAUUCUCCCAAUUAAGCUCUUCUGCUUGAUGAAGAGAUAGGUGAAGUUGUGGCUAAAAUGUUCUGCCUCCAAAUUAAGAGCAUGGCAGCAAAUUGUUACUUUUUGAAGGAGGAGGGUCAAGAGGGUAUUCUGUGUAUUUCAUAUCAAAUAUCUGGUUCCUUUUAUCGCCUCUUGAUGCCAUAACUGUAGAAGGAAGCUUUAUAUAGCAUAAUCUAUCUCUACAACACAAAUCUGAGUUAAUCUGAAAAUUGAGUUUAUAUUGGCCUCAAUCUGUAAUUUUAGGCAUCUAAAGUCUGGAUAGAUCCAUUUAAUUCAGUAACAAUCAGGAAAUCAUUUUGGCUAUGGCAGUUAGUAGAAAAUGCUGGUGCAGUACGACAGCAUCAGUGGCAGAAUUCUUCAGCAUCUGUGCACCGGACAGGUGAGCUUCUGUGAGUUGUUUCCCUGAUUAUGGAAAAACUAAAGCAAGUGAGGUGGGAACAAAAAUCGCAUCUACUAACAUCGCCCUGAACAUUAUUAUUAUUUUUGCUUUGGAAAUAGUUUGCAUUUACUGUAUCUCCUGCAUAUGAUGCAAAACUUGUUCACCACUAUAAAAUCAGUGAUGUCAAUAUAUGAUUCAGUUUAUUAACCUUUAGGGAUCUUUUGGAGCCUAAAAUAUUGGAUAAUUGUGCUUGUUCUCAUCUCCCCUUUCCUCUCAAUUUGUUUAUUCAAGAACAAAAUAUCCAGAUGGUUGGGCAUUUGGACACCAGAUAUGUAUUGAAUUUACAAGCUGGAAUCCAUUAAAAUUAUUCCAAUAUUUGGGAAUAAGUCUUAAAUGUAGUACCUCUUUUAUAAGGUGUAUAUAUUUUUUUACUCUCAACAUAGUUUAUAGAUAUUUUAUAGUUUUAACAGAUUUGGUUUGAAACCCAGCUGGUUUAUUUAACUUUUUUUUUUAACAACUUCUCUUUAAAAAAACAACAACAAACAUUCUGUAAAACAGGCAAAGAGAUGGCAUUCUUAGAGAUGGCAAAGUGCAUAAUAAUUGACAUAGGGCAAAAGGCAGACAGGGAAGACUAUUUGAGAGUAAAUAUCUGCUUCUGAGUACUGACUGAAAUGUGCGUUCCCCCCGGCAAUAGCAGGGAGUGUAAAUCCCAAAUGAUAUCUGUGAUAUGGGCUUUAUUUUUUAUUUAAAUAUUUGGGGCAAACGUAAAGCACUGUGAACUCUAAAAGUCAGGAGCUGGGAAACAAUAAAAUGUAAUUAGUUACUCAAA